CCAGCGCGAGCGGCAACCUGCCAGGAACUUGGAACUUGACAGCUACACCGAUGUAAUACCAAAAUAUGGGAAUAAAAUAAGGUUCGCAAUUCACGUAUGGCAAGAAUGUACUUUGUUAAAGGAUGAUUUGUCAGGGCAUUGGAUGAAGUAAAAAAAUUGUUCAACAUGGCCAGUGACAGUAAUGACAAUGAAUCGUCAAACUAUUACGACCACCAUGACAACUACCACCAACCAAUCAUUGCAAAGACGUGCUACUUUUACAAAGAAAAUGAUUAUAAAUUUGGUGCCGUCAAGAUGGCCAUCAAUCCAAAAUAUUACAAGAGCCUUGGACCAAUUUAUCAUGAACUUUCCAAAAAGAUUCCGGGACUGCCAUAUGGCGUAAGAAGUAUCUUUACUCCUCGCGGACGAGACAAAAUAACUGCUACCGACAGGUUUGCAGACGCAGGCCAUUAUGUGUGCUCGUCCAGUAGGAUUCAGGCCAGGAGAAUGGAAGUGGAGCGUGUCCACGCUCCCACCCUUUGGCAUAUCGCCAAGCCAAAAAGUGGAAUCAGGGAAUUAAAUGCAAUGCUUGCAGAAUAUGAAUUUGAAGACACACCACGAAAAAGACGUCGGUUUGGAAUAUUUGGUGGGGGAACUGAUAAACGACCUAAGAAAAUCCGGGUAAUGAAGAAUGGUGAUCCAACAUACAGCCAGAUGUUGUUGCUAAAUCGAAGGACAGCUCAGACAUUCGAUCAAGUUUUAUCGGAUAUAAGUGACAUGUUCAAAUUUGCUGUUAGGAAGCUGUACACAAUUGAAGGAAGACCAGUACUUAGUUUGCAACAAGUGUUUAAUGGGCCAGAAGUGUAUGUGGCUGCAGGAACGGAGAAUUUCAAGUCGAUGAUGGGUUUCAUGUAUACCCCCCAGCCACCUACCCGUGGAAUGUCCACUGGCAGGAGAAAUCGACUACCUAGUCGCAACAGAGAUGUCGUUGCUUCACAAGUCAGAGAUCGUCGAAACCGAAUUCAGCGAACAAGGGGUAGAUGGAAAGUAUGGAUAAGCACCAAUGAGCUCUCAACUGCAGGGACUCUGGCCCAGGUUACCAUCACAGUUUAUGGUCAAAAAGGCAACUCAGGACCUUUGCCACUGGGAUUUGCAACUGAAGAACAUUUUCAAAGUGGAAACAAUGAUGAAUUUGAUAUAAAUGUCGGCAAUAUUGGUGAGAUCACCAAGAUUCGUAUUGCUCAUGACAAUACUGGUGACUUCCCUGGCUGGCUCUGUGAUGAGGUGAGAAUGAAGGACAUGGACACAGGAGAGGAGCUGGUGUUUCCCUGUAAGCGCUGGCUGUCUCGGGAUGAAGACGAUCAUGAGAUAUGUCGGGAACUUCCUGUCAUCAGGAGAGGGGAGCCAACCCUUCCAGUUUUGAAGUAUGAAGUGACUACAACUACAGGGGAUGUGUGGAAUGGUGGUACUAAUGCCAAUGUUUACCUCACGGUAUAUGGUGACCGUGGUGAUACAGGUGUCCGGCAGCUGUACACCACCAGCAAGAAAAACACCUUUAAGAAAGGACAGACUGACACCUUCCAUGUGGAGGCAGUGACUUUAGGUCGUCUUAAAAGAGUCAUCAUUGGGCAUGAUGGCACUCAGCCAGGUGAUGGUUGGUAUUUAGAGAAAAUAACUGUCCAGGAACCAGGUGCUAAACCACAUGAAGUGUACAACUUUUAUUGUGGCAGGUGGUUGGAUGAAGGAGAGGAUGAUGGGAAAAUUGUUCGGGAGCUGCGAGUUCAGGAAGAAUAUGUUGAGGACAUUAUGGAAAAGAGAAAUUGGGAUCACGAGAAGUGGAAGUUUGACAGUCGGAAUGAGAUCAUUCUGUUUUCCCAAGUCACCAACAAGCCGCUGCGUAUCAAACCUGAUGGUACAGUGGAUGCUCUCGGAGACGUCAGAGAUGCAGAGGCUGUUUUGGUUGUUCACUCGAAGAAGGCCAUGACACGAGUCUUCAAUUCCAAAGCAAAUUCUUCAUUUCAUCUUGCAAUCGAUGGGGCAAAGCUUCUUGGCCAUGGUACGGGUGGAGCAUUCUGUGAGUUCCGAGUGCGAGUUCAAGAGGACUGGACUGUGAUGCUGGAGGCUGUCAAACAUCCGCUACAGUUUGUAACAUUCCAGGAUAACGGUAAACCUGGGGAUGUCCGUGGGAUCAUCGAUAAGGACCCGUCAAAACGCUUCUGUGUGUACUGUAAGGGAAUGUUUCGCGACAAAGGCAUUGUUAUGCUGAGGACCUCCAGUAUACAGGCUAUUGGUGUUGAGCAUGACAGGACGUUGAUAGGAACUGGCAAGUGUAACAAGGCGGCACAUUUCCGAGUGCACAGAGUCGGAUCCGGUGGACUCUGCCUGUUUGAGAGUAUGAUUUAUCCCAACAACUACAUCCGAAUCCAUGACGGCAAGAUUGAUUGUUUGGGAAAACAAGAUCAGUCGUCUCAAUUCAUUGUUGAGAAGUACAAAGACAAGGGCUAUGUUCAAAUACAAUCUGCCUCACAACGGGGUAUUUAUAUUGGACUCACACCAGAGGGCAUCCUACGUCCAACUGUCAACACUGGCGUGAAAAACAUUUGGAUUUUCCCAGAGGUUAUUGAAUUUGGGGAAUCAAAUGAGCCAGAAGAAGCCGAAACACAGCUUGUCCCAGUACCCACUGUCCAACACACACCGUCACCACGGAGAGCCCCGUCACCACGGAGAGCCCCAUCACCACGGAGAGCCCCAUCUCCUAAAGAACAGUACGAAGAUGGCGACUGGAAGAUAAUCGUGAGUUCUGCGGAGCGUCUGGAUAAUGGUGAGCUGGCGAUAGUGGUGUAUGGAGACCAGGACUGCUCAGGGCCAAUCAUCCUAGCUGCUCCAACCAAAAAUGGGCCACUCUUUCAGGCAGGAAGUAAUGAUGAAUUCAAGACAAACUUAGCGAAAGUUGGCAAGAUUUACAAAGUGAGGCUUGAACUGAUUCCCAAGUCUGUCACUGUUGACCCCUCGUGGAAGGUCAGAGAGUUGAAAAUGCAGGACAUGAACACCAAGGAACAGCUCAAGUUCCAGUUCAAUCGCUGGUUGUCACGGCAACAGGAGGAUGGGGAAAUCAUGAGAGAAUUGCCAGCCAUUCGUCCUGGUCAGGAGGUUUUGCCAGUGUUGACUUAUGUUGUCAUGGUAACAACUGGCAAGAAGCCCAAUGCUCAAACAAAGGCUAAUGUUUAUUUGACUAUCUACGGAGAAAGGGGAGACACUGGCAAACGAUAUCUGCUCACUUCAAACUGCUCCACCAAGUUCAAGCCUGGGCAGGUGGACACAUUUGAAGUUGAGGCAGUUCACUUGGGGAAACUGACGCGGUGUGAAGUGGGCCAUGACGGGACUGCAGCAGGAGAGGGGUGGUACCUCGAUCGGAUUGUCAUCAAGGAGAGUGAUAGUGCACAGGAGGAGUACAUAUUCCCAUGUGACAGAUGGCUUGAUUCGAGCAAAGAAGACCGAAGAAUUCAAAGAUCUCUGUUUGUGAAGGAACCUGCCCCUUCCAGAAUCCAAGCAGCAGAGAAACCUCAAUCUCCUAAGCAUGUUCGUAACAUUUCACCAGCAUCUGCGCUGGCGGCAGCUGCUAUUUCUGCAGCUGAGGCUGAAAUAGCUGCAGAAAAUGAGGAAAUGGAUUCAGGAAAUAUACUCAUUACAAUGGUUUUGGCAGCUGCAGUAAAUAAAAACAAAACAAAAAUGAACAUGCUUAGGUUGAAGUUUAAACAAGAAGAGGAUGACGCUCCGAAAGCUGUGCCUGUGAAAGAAUCCAUAAAAGCUGGUGAUUGGAAGAUAUGGGUGACAACUGGAAAACGAAACUCAGCAGGAACACAGAAUGAGGUGGUUCUGUUUGUGUAUGGAGACUUUGGCCAUGCUGGACCGAUAGUGCUGGGAGGGGGCGACGAGGGACUCUUCCAGGCAGGAGAUGUUGAUGAGUUCAAGGUUAACCUUGGGACAAAAUUGGGUGAUCUGUAUAAAAUCCGAAUUGGAAUCUAUGAAGCAAUCCCAGACAGUGGCUGGUUCUUAGAGAAGGUGAAGAUGACUGAUCUGAAGUCGGGUGAGGAGCUGAACUUUAAAGUGAAUCGUUGGUUGUCACGUUCCGAGGAUGACCGAGAUGUCUGGAGGGAACUGCCUGUGAUUCGCAAGGGACAGAAGCCUUUACCAGUGUUGGUCUACCAGAUUGAGGUGCAGACCGGGCAGCAGCAGGCAGCAGACACCGAGGCCGCUGUGUACAUCACGAUGUUCGGAGACCGCGGAGACUCAGGCCGGAGACGACUCUUUGCGUCCAAGUCUAACAAGAAUCCGUUCAGGCGUGGAAAGACUGAUGUGUUUGAAUUGGAGGCUGUGUCACUUGGAGAUCUUAAGAAGAUCUACAUCGGCCACGAUGGCAUCCGAGCUGGUGCUGGCUGGUUUCUUGACAACAUCAUCAUCAAGGAGAGUGCUGAUAAAGACAGCAAGAGUUACUACUUUCCAUGUAACAGGUGGUUGGACUCGGCAGAAGAUGACAAGAGAAUUGAAAGGGAACUUUAUCCCCAGGAACCGCCAUCUGACUCAAAAGGUGAAUAUAAACUUUGGGUGAAAACUGCCACAGACUCGAAGCCCUCCAGUGGUGGUGUAGCAUCGAUUGCCUUGUAUGGUGAACUUGGUAACAGUGAAGAUAUUGUACUGUCUGCUCCAUCAUCGAGAACCGGGCUCUUUGAACCUGGCAAUGUGGACCAGUUUGAAGUAUCAGUUGGAGAAAUUGGUGACUUGUACAAAAUUCGAAUGUCUCGGGAAGAUUCUGAAGCUUGGGAUGGCUGGCAUUUACAAGAGGUCAAGUUGCUGGACAAAAACACUGGUCAAGAAUACACCUUCCUCUAUGAUCGCUGGAUGGGCCGCGGUGUUGAUGACUCGGAUCUCUCCAGAGAGAUGGCGGUGGUCAAGAAUGGACGUGUUGCUAAACCAGUGACUCAUUACCAAAUGACUGUGUUUACUGGGGACCACUGGGCUGGUGGAACUGAUGCCAGUGUCUAUGUAAAACUGAUUGGGAAGAAGGGAGACACUGGGAAGAGGACCUUGUAUGAGUCAAAAUCUGGUGUAAACAAGUUCAGAAAGGGACAGACCGAUGUGUUUGAGUUGGAAGCAAUUAACAUAGAAGAUGUCAUUGAAGUGGUUGUUGGUCACGACGGAAAAGGUCACGGGUCAGGCUGGUAUCUGGACAAGGUGAUGGUCAAGGAGAAAGGUGACCAACAGUAUGUUUUCCCCUGUGGACGCUGGCUGGAUGAUGGAGAACGGGACGGCAAAACAGAGCUCACACUGAGAUGUCUUGAGACAAUAAAAUCUGGAUGGAAACCUAAGCCGAAGAAAUCUGGAAGCAAAUCAAAAGGAGAGUGGACAGUUCAUGUGAAGACUGGAGAUCUGCCGAACUCGGGAACCAGUGCGAAUGUGUUUCUGACAGUGUGUGGAACUGAUGACACCUCUAAGGCACUGCCACUCACAUCGUCUGCAGCUUCUGGUGCGGACACCUUUGCUCAAGGCAAACUCUCAGAAUUCAGAAUUAAUGUUGGUCCAAUAGGGGAGGUAACAAAGAUUCGUUUGGAGCACGACAACAAAAACAGCAAUCCCUCAUGGCUGGUGGACUAUGUCAAAAUGACUGAUGUUCACACUGGACAAGAAUUAGUUUUCUAUCUUGACCGCUGGCUGACUGAUGAAAAUGGUGGUCAGUUAACGCAAGAAGUGGCUGUGACACAGCCAAACAAAAAGCCUCUUCCAGUUCUGCAGUAUGUUGUUGUCAUUGAGACAGGAAGUGAUCGAGACUCUGGUGCACCCAAUGGAACUGUCUCGAUCAACCUCGUUGGUAACCAUGGUGACACAGGCAUGCGACCUCUUUUACAGUCACUGUCAUUGGGCUCAUCGGGCAUGUGGAAACCUAAACAGAAAGAUAUAUUUAUCCUGGAGGCUGUAUCAGUGGGCAAACUAGAGCAGGUGCAGAUGGUGUUCAGUGGAAAUAAAAAAGACAAGCAGUGGUUUGUAAAAAGCGUGUGUGUGAUGGAAAGCAGAUGGGCUUUGGCGGAGAAUGUCUUCCAUUGUAACUGUUGGUUGAAGGACCCAGGUGUAUCUUCCAGGGAAUUCUUCUCACCUGAAGUACAGCUGACCACAGGGCUGUAUGAUGAUGUGCUCUUGAAAUCUCAGAAAUUGUCUAACCGUGACAGCCGAGGAAAAUGGACAGCCUGGGCAUACACAGGAGAACAGACAGAUUCUGGUACCAGAGACAAAGUGUGUAUUGUGUUGUAUGGCACGACCGGACAUACAGAUGCAAAAAUACUCAACCAAGAUGGUGCUUUCACUUCAGGCUCUAUAGUCGAGCAGAAGUUAAAUAUUGGAAGUAUAGGCUUUCUUUUUAAAGUGAGAAUAUAUUUUGAAUCCAGAGAAGGGAAUUCUUCAUGGUUUUUAGAUAAGCUCAAGUUGAAAGAUGACAACACUGGUGAAGAGUUUAUCAUGGAGUACCGAGACUGGAUAAAGUCAAGUGAGGAUGACGUCACGGGGGCCGUAGAGCUCCCAGCGAUCAUACCAGAUAUUGAGCCACUCUCAGAAAUAACAUAUGACCUGACAGUAACAACAGGAGACAAGCCGGUUGCAGAGACAGAAGCCGAGAUAGUUUGCACCCUGAUUGGUGACUGGGGUGAUGCAGGGGAGAAGACUCUGUACAAGUCGACUAACAACAAGUAUCCAUUUGAAAGAGGACAGAGAGACCGGUUUAGCGUGAAAUCACUCGACCUUGGUGUUUUGAGGAAGAUCCUGAUUGGUCACAACCUGCCUGGUCGGGGAAGAGGUUGGCACUGUGAUCGCGUCACCGUGUCGACAGAUAGUGGACCCAAGGAUGGGGUGGCUGAAACAGUCUUCAUGGCCAACAGAUGGUUUGAUACAGGAUGUGAAGACCGGGAACUUGUUAGAGAGUUGUCUCCCCUAGUCCAGUUAAAACCUAUUGCUGACAUUUCACCUGCUCAGAAAUCAAAGUCAAAGGGUGUGUGGGAUAUAUGGCUCACGAUGGCAUCAGAAGACAAGAUAUUUGACGGGAAGACCGGCCAGUCUGUAUCUCGACCAGUGUCCAUCACAGCGUAUGGGGCCUACGGUGUCGCAGGUCCUCUACAGCUUACUGAUGGAAACAGGCCAACACUGCAGCCAGGCAGAACUGAGAAAUGUUCUGCAGUAAAGUUUGGCAACAUAGGUGACAUGAAAAAGAUGCGACUAUCCUAUGGUAACAGGUCUGAUCCUCAAGCAGCCUGGGCGAUACAAGAUGUGAUGAUAAUGGAUGUUGACAGUGCCGAAAAUCUCUUCUUUGACUUCACUUCCUGGGUUGGACAGAUCGGAGAUGGCACCAUGGAACUUCCUGUUAUGAGACCAGGCGAACCCUUUCCACCUAUUAUCAAGUACCAAGUUGAAGUGUACACUGGGAACAACAAGCAGUCGAGGACGAACUCUGACAUCUACAUCAACAUCCAGGGCAGUGAACAGGACUGCGGACUGAGACACAUUGCUGUCAACAGAUCACGAUCACCCAAUGAAACUUUCACAGUAGAUUCAGUAUACCUGGGAGAUCUUGAAAACAUUGUUGUAGCUAAAGGACCUGGUGAUUCCUGGUUUCUGGAACAGAUCAUUGUAAAGGCCGGGCAGUUUGAUAACACAGAAUGGAUAUUUAGUCACAAUGAUUGGGUUGGUGCUAAUAAGAAAAGUUCUGCUGAAGAAAAGAUCACGAUUCCUCUGUCUAAGACACGCCCCAGCCCUGUUGCUGUCCCAGCGAAGGAUCAGCCUCUGUCUCGGGGUAACUGGCAGGUGAAGGUGUGGACGGGGGAUGCUGGUACUCGUGGGUCAGUUGAUGACCUCACAGUGGUCAUGUGUGGAGACAAGUCGGAGAGUCAGAUGAUCGUGCUAAACUCAGACAGGAAGAAACCUUUCCAAGCAGGGCAGAUUGACAUCUGCAAGUUGAAGCUUUCAGAAGAUGUUGGUGACCUUUUCAAGAUCAGAAUUGGGUUCAAGGAUUACAGUGUGGAAAAGGCUUUCAAUUUGAACAGAAUCCUCUUUGAGGAUGAUGACACACAUGACACGUUUUGCUAUGACUUCAACAGCUGGAUUGCAGUCGACAAAAAUCAAGAUGGGUGGAGAGAAUUUCCAGUUGUGUGGCCAGCUAUCAAGGUCUUGCCAGUUCUGAACUACCAAGUUUGUGUCCACUUGGGUGAGGUGAACAAGACUGAACACAGUGUUUAUAUAGAGAUCUACGGCGAGAACGGAGGCACUGGACGAAGACUUCUGAAACACACUCUGAACCACAAUCACCAGUUCAGCCCAAAUCAGAUUGACUUGUUUGAAGUGGAAGCUGUUUGUAUGUUGGAGUUGAAAAAACUUGUAAUUGGACACAGCACCAGAGGAGCUGAUUCAGGGUGGUUCCUGAAGAGAGUUGUUAUUCGAGAGUCUUCAGCAGCUCAUGAUGAAGUCAAUUUUGAAUGCAAUCGUUGGCUGGAUGAAGGGAAGGAUGAUGGAAAGCUAGAGAGAAUUCUGGUUCCUUCAGAAAGAGCAAACUCUGAUCUGUCUCCACCUCUCGUGACAGCACCAAGAAAGUCACCAUCACCUCAGAAGAUAAAAGGUACUCCCUGGAAUAUCUGGACGACCACUGGAUCUCAGACAGGUCAAGGAAUGAACAAACCAGCAGUGCUAGUCCUUUAUGGGGAUCGGGGAGUGAGCAAACCAAUACCCAUUGGGGAUACCAAAAACUUCCGCUUUAAAGAAGGUGCAACAGAUAAAUUCAUUGCUGUUGUUGAAGAUGAUAUUGGUGAUCUGUUUAAAGUUCGAGUUGGCUUCCUGGAUGCUGAACAUCAUGUAGACUGGUACUCUGAUUACAACCGGUCUCCCUCCUGGUAUCUACAAAAACUGAAACUGAAGAACAUGACUACUGGUAAAGAAUUCAUUUGCGACACACCUAAGUGGAUCAAACUAGAUGAAUCUCGUGACUUUUGGACAGAAUUUCCAGUGUACUCUAAGGACAAAAGCAAAAUGUUGCCAGUACAUGAGUAUCAGGUUUUUGUGAAGACAGCAGAUGAGAGGUUUGCAGGGACAGAUGCCAAUGUUUACCUCCAGAUAUUUGGGGAGAGAGGAGACACUGGAAAGCGUCAUCUCCAUGGCUCUCAUGGCAGCAGUGAUCAGUUUGAACAAGGCUCUACUGAUUUGUUUCGCAUUGAGGCUGUAGACCUUGGGAAGCUAACCAAGGUGAAGGUCGGACAUGACGGUUAUGGUCGAGGAUCAGGCUGGCUCCUAGAUGAGAUUGUUAUCCAGGAGUCGGACAGGUCUCAAAAGAAAUAUGUGUUUAAAUGUAAUAGGUGGUUGGAUGAGGGUGAAGAUGACGGAAAGCUGGAGAGAGAGUUUGUACUGACUGAUGUCUGGGAAGAGUCCAAUGGCAGUCCGAAAAAAGACGGGAACUGGCGUGUGUCUGUAACGACCAGCAAACUACAGGACAGUGGGACAGACUCACAGGUCUACAUAACAGUGUACGGAGAGUAUGGCAACUCUGGCAUGUUACAGCUCAACUCCGACAAGAGUGGGCUCUUCCAGCCAGGCAGCACGGACCAGUUUGAUAUAAGAAUUUCUCCUGAUAUUGGCAAACUAAUCAAAAUCCGUCUGGAACAUGAUAAUUCGGGAUCAGCCCUGGGAUGGAGAGUUGAUACGGUUGUUAUGGUGCAUCUAGCAGACAACCUCACAUUGGAGUUUCCUGUCAACCGAUGGAUGUCGUUCAACGAGAGGUUCGGUGAUAUUAUGGUGGAGGUUCCCGCCAAGUAUCCAAAUGAGUUUGCCUUAGAUGUUUACAAGUAUGUGAUCCAAACCCGAACGGCAGCAGAUAUUGGUGCAGGUACGGAUGCGAAUAUCUACAUAAUGUUGGUUGGAGAGCUGGGAGACUCGGGGAGAAGAUUCCUCAAAGACAAUUUGGAAAAUGAAGACAAAUUUGAAUCGGGAAAGCUGGACACUUUCUGCCUGGAGGCUGUGGACCUUGGAGAGCUGGACACUGUAGUUGUGGGGCAUGAUGGGACUGGACCCGGCUCAGCCUGGAAACUCGACUCCAUCAUAGUGAAGAAGAGCAAACAGGAGGUCUAUUACUUUCCAUUCCAUGGAUGGCUGGAUGAAGGUACAGAUGAUGGCACCACAGAGGUGGAAAUCCCACUGGGAAGACGGAUGGUGGAGGAUGAUAUUGUUAUAUAUUAGACUGAGUAUCCUCAAGAGAUCCGACAUCACGGAAGAAGAGCUGAAAGAGAAUAUGCUGAUUUUCAGUUUACCAUCACUCAAUUUUGUCUGACUUGUUUUUCUUCUACCUAGACACUACUCGGAAACUUCACAGGCAUGGAACAGGUGUUUUCAAAGCAGUAAUGUAGUUUGUGAUGGCCCUCUUCUUAGGGAAAACAAUAUUGCUUGAAACAUUGCUGUAGAUUUAGUACAGUUAAUCCUCUCAAGACCAGACCCUCUGUAGACCGGAAUUCCCAUCAAAACCAGACAUUUAAGAGAGUCCCUUUUUAAAAACCAAUACAAAACUUAACCUCUCUAAACUGGAUCCCUCUUAAUACCAGACAUUUUUAUUGGUCCCAACAGUGUCCGGUUUAGAGGGGUUUUACUGUAGUAACAUGAAUGACUAUAAAAAGGUGAUUGUGUGUAACCCCUCUAAACUGGACCCUCAUGAUACCACGUAAAUUGUCUGGUUCUCGGGUGUCCGUUUUAAAGAGGUUCUGUUAAGUACUGAUAUGUAAAAGGACUCAGAAAAACGUCUUGGUUUACUGACGUUUCAGUUUUAAGGGGUUUCACUUUAUUAUAAAUACAGACUUGCAUACUUAUGUCCUCAACUUGGAAUUUGUGAGAAAGGAAUGUUCUGUCUAAGCUGACAUUACCUCUGUGACAGUUUAUAGUUUAAACAAUACUGAAUAUGGUUGAUAUUAACCAAACAGGCUGUGCAUACUUCAAGAUCUCAACAAGACUGCAGCAUGGCUAUUAUUCCAUUUAUUAUUCUUAUUACAGUUUAUAACCCUUUUAUUAUUGUUUAAUGUUAUUUAUUGAAUAUUGUAGGUGCCAAUGGUUUAUAUAUAGUCAUAUUUUUAUUACAUUUACAUACAUCUUAUAUACGUAUGCAUAGUUCGUCCAGUUUGUAUUUUUUAUAUGACAUUUUAUAUGUACAGGUAGUUUUAGUUGUUAAAGUAUAUGAUUGUAACAAUAGAUUGUGAUUUUUGAAUUCCAACUUAAAUGCUGUCUACCUGCUAUUGGUUUGAUUUGUUGGUAUUUAUAAAAGGUUAUAGGUGGGUUUUCAUUUGUUGCUUUAAUUGUUUUUAAACAAAAGACUAGAAAAUGUAAUAUUUAAAGAUUACAUACUAUACCUGAGAUGUGACAAGGUCUUAUCAUAGAAUCGAAUUAAAAUUUGUAACGUUAUGUUCUUUCUAUAAUCAAUGGCUUAUUGAAAAAUUAACAGUUUUAUCAAAAUACAAAUGUAGAUAUCAUUAAUAAUUGCUUUAUUUAUUUUCUUUUGUUAAUAGUACCCGAUUAUAGGUAUACAAAAUAUCUUCUUAUGUGAAUUUCACAUAAUAUCGAUAAUUAAUUAAAGUUUCAACAUUCCAAAUAAUUUUUGAAACAAUACAGUUCAUGUUUUUGUAGAUAAAGUUUCAUGCAUUUUAUUGAAAUUUUCUGUUUAUUGUUAUAUAGGGCAACAUGCUUAUACAUAUUGUUAUUGUUGUCAGUAUUUGUUAAUUAUUUAUUGUAGAUUUUUACUAUUUAUUAUAAAUAUAAUGUAUAAUAUAAUACUAUAUGUGGGCUUUUAGAAUGAUGCUAUGUAUAUUAUGAAGUGUUAGCUAUUUUAUUGUAUGUGUACCUGUACCUAAUAAUGAUAUCAUAUACAUGUAAUAUAUAUGCAUGUUUCAUAUUUUAUAUGCAUGUUUUGCAGCAUUAUUAUUCCAUUAAAAGUUAAAAAACCAAAUAUUUUUUGUCAACAAUACUUAUUUCUCAUUUAUUUUUUGUUUCAUAAACAGACAAUCUGAAUAUAAGAAUCACAGGGUUAAAAUGUUUUCUUAGAAGCAAACAAAACAUAUUGUAUGAUUAUGAAUGAUUCCUGCAUUCUGUGAUAAAUCAGUACAUCUGUUUACCUCCAUCCUGGAUAAUGUACUUCAUAACAAGCUUCCAUUUUCUGAAAACAUAUGGUGGGAAUGUAGCACCUUUUACUGAUUUUCUUUGUCAAAAAUAAUGACAUUUUAAUUUGGUUGUGUACACUAUGCCUUAAAAUCUUACUGAAUUGUUGUUUUAGUAAUGACUGUCUAGUCAGAUGUGUGGUAGAUCUUGUAUUUAGUACACAUGAUAUUUACUAGUAAUACAUCUGCAGCUGUGAUAUUUAGAUUUAAAUGUUAACAUUCUCAUAAUCGAAUCAUGGAUACUCCUCUAAUGCAUCAUACUUUGACGGAACUAUUAACAUUAGUACAACUUUAUUGAUGUGUGGUUUGGAUUGAAAUGUUAAAGUUGUUAUAUAUAAUUGAUGUUGUCAUUUUAUUCUCCCAUAAAAAAAAUCUUAAUUGUUUUCUCUCUUUUUGAUGUAUUUGUUGUCUAAUUAAAUGUAAUUUUUGUAAUAUUUUUAACUAUGAUUAGAUAUUAUUAAAUUUACACAUUUCCUAUCAUUAUUGUUGAGCAUUUUACUAACUGGUGUAAAGUAAUAAAUGCCUCAGAUGCUAGUUGUUGAAAUUUUGCUGCACAGAAUUGCGUAAUCUAUGAUACUCACACCCAGAUAGCAUGCUGUUGGUGUGCUAACAGUGGACCAACAGUGGCUUCAUCAUUGGCUCACAUUUAUUUCUGCCAGGUAGGUCACAUUGGUUCACUCACACAUUAUCCAGUAUUGGUGCAACAGUUAAAAAUUAGGACCAAAAACAUUCCCCCCCCCCCCCCCCCCCCUUCUAAUUCCUAUAGGCCUGUAUAAGCAUAGAAAUACGUUUAAAAUGAAAUGAAAUUGUUUCAACUAAAAUCAACAUUGGGCCAACAUAUUGAUACCACCUGUUUGAAAAGACUACAAACUUGAUUUCUCUUUCUCUCUUGUCUUCUUCUUUUUUCUUUUUUUUUGGGUGGGUGGGGGCACAACUACAAUAUCCAAAAACAUAUAGCACUUGGCUUAACUUAGCUAAUAUUUCUUGUAUAUAUGUAUCUUUAGAUCUACUAGAAUUUUGAUUCAGUAUACUCUGUCAUGGAUAGGUAAUACCAAUAAGAGUUUCUUUUCAUAGCUUGUACUCCGUUUUUGUAUUUUACUUUGGCCAUCAUUGACAUUCAUAUUAUAGUGAUUUUCAAGGUUUUCAAUUCAAUAGUGAAUUUUGCUCAAAGCGACAUAAAACUGUUCCACUUCAGGUUUUUUUUAAAAGACAUUUUAUGAUCAUUUCAUAAUAAUCUUAAUUUUGAUAAAACGGGGCCUAAUUCACUAAACUCUCGCGAUUUCGCAGUGCAGUGCUAAAAGACUUGCAAAGAGGAUGCUUUGUUGUCUAGCAGAACAUAAGAGACCUUUGUGAAUUAGGCCCCAGGGGCCUAU